GCGCGUUGUCUGUUUGUAUUUACGACAGAAUGAAGCGACGUACGACAGUACGGAGACCUGGAGCAGUCAAUAUUAGUCUAAGGACAAAGAAGAGGUUUCUUCAUUCCCUCCUUUCUUCAAACAGCACCACCAGAAGGUGUAUAGGACUCCUCGUUCCUGUCAUGGCCAACCCUUUCAGGGGUGAGGUUAUAAAACUAUACAAAACACUGCUGUAUCUUGGCCGUGAGUACCCCAAGGGAGCAGCUUACUUCAGAGAGCGCCUGAAGUCAGCCUUCAUGAAGAACAAGGACGAGGCAGAUCCCCAAAAGAUUAAAAAGUUGGUGGAUCGUGGAGAUUUUGUCAUCAAGGAACUCGAGGCCCUUUAUUUCCUCAGAAAAUAUCGAGCAAUGAAGAAAAGGUAUUAUGACCCAGAAGAAUAAACACACAAACAGCUACUCCAGGCUGAAGCUCAAUCAGUGACUUUAAGUUCAAUUUCUUAUUCAUAAUGUGUCAUAUUUCCACGUCCACAAUGCCAUUCUGUACAUGUUGCACUGCAAGUCCAAACAGUUCCCCAUAGAAAGCAGCUGCAGGGUGAUGCUGAGGAAGCUGUUGCAGAAUGUGUUUUUUCCUUGUACAGUAUCUUUACCUUAAAGGCCAGUGUUAUAAAACAAUACUGUUCAAUCACCAACAUUCUAGCCUUCCUGAUGUGGGGUUUUUACACAUUUGGUAGACAGUCAGCCCCACUGGGAGCUCUUUAAUGUACUCUGAUUGAAAUGUUGAAAACAAGAUGAUAAAUGAAACGUCCAUGUUGAAACGAACAAUCAGAUUAUAACUGUAAGCAGUUUUUAUUGUUCCAUUACAGCAGCCUUGAACCUAAUCUGCAAUUAACUGUGAAUAUCCCUUUGUAAUGGACUACAGGCAUUCAACUGACUGAAUAUGUUCAUUUCAUUUUAUAUUUCAAUGUCAUUACUAAAUGGACUGAAUGUACAUGACUAUGGAUCUUGCACUAUUAGAGAUAAAUAAAACUAUAUGUCAAACGGA